AAUCAGCCGUUGAUCAGUGAAGUGAAGAACAUCUUACGAGUGGCCAAACAGGAGUGCGAAGAGAUCGAGAUCUGUCCGGACUGUUACCGCAACUACUAUACCAUGGAAGAGGACAACUACUUCGCGGCCGUGUGUCGGCGCCCGCACGCCAUCGUAUGGGCCAAACUGAAGGGCCAUCCGUAUUGGCCCGCGAAAGUGGUUCGUUAUAACGAGUUGAGGCAUGAGGUGGAUGUCCGCUUCUUCGGCACUCACGACAAGUGUUGGCUGAAACCGGAUAAGUGUUAUCUCAUGUCUCGGAACUAUCCCAACAAUAAGAAGCCCUCGAAAUUCGAUCAAAACAAGUUCGACGAAGCGAUUCGUGACAUGAACUUGCAUUUGGAUCAAUUGGAUCAG